ACGCUUUUGACGUUCUUAAAGGAAGCGAGGAGGAAAUCACUUUUCGCUAAUUUUAGAAAAAAAAAAGUUUUGUUUUGUUUCACGUUCAGAUGCGGUUACUGUGGUAAAGAUAGACCGCAGGGUGUAGGGGAAGCAACAUAUUAACCGGCCCAAAAGUUUCAAAGAGUGAAUACGGAAGUGAAAAUGAUCGAAACUGUUGAAAAUGCAGACGUCCAACAGGUCAGUUCUGAAAAUGCUCUGGUGAUUGCAGUCUCUCACAGCGCUGUAUUUGGAGCAGAAGGAGAGGUCCAAGAAGCUGGCGUCGCCUUUCCUCUUGUACAGGCGAUACAGAGAGUGAAUGAGCGCCUGUUGCAGUUGGACUCCUCUGGCUCUGAGUCACUUCAGUUUGAGGUGGUUCUGAUCUGCACAAACGGAGCCCAGAGAGACCAGGUCCAGACCAGGACCAGAGACCACGGUCUGCAGAUCCACCGUUUCAGUUUUUCUGGUGAAGACGACUUCAUCGACAGUUUACUGAAAAACAGAGUUCAUCUUUUUCUGACGACAGACUCAAAUGCGGCCAGUCAAGCAGCGAACAAGGGAGUUUUUUCUGCUCUCCUGGACCCCCUCUCAGCCUGUGGACCCUCAGAGCAGCUCAGAGUCAUGUUCUGUGGAGACGCCAUGUUGGAUCCCAGCUCUGAAGUGAAGACAGGAAGCCACCAAGCCUCACAGGUCUUUUGGUCUCAUCUUGGUAAAAUUCGUCAGAAGUUUGGUGCAGUGGACAGCCCUCUCUCUCUGGUCCUGCUCUCCUCUCAGAGAGACAUAAACAGCUGCUGCAGAGCCCUCCAAUCGCUCCGGACCCUCGGUGUAAAUGUGGAUGAGGCGUACUGUUUGGGAGGGUCGCCGCGAAAACCCAUGAUGUCACUGCUGCGACCUCACUUCCUGCUCGGAGCACCGGAGGAAUGAUGUCAUCAGGUCACGUGAUUAGGAAAUAUGGAAUGAAAUUUUUUUUUGUAGUAAAACAUAAGUGGUGGAAAGAGUAAGCUACUGAAAAUUUGUACUAAAGUAAAAGUACAGUUCCAUGGCUAGAGUCCUAGUUAGUUAUUAGUUAAUUUUACACAAUUUUGAUAGCAUUUUAGCUCCGUUAUGAAUAAAACGUAUUAAUUAGUCAGAUAAGAGGCAUAUUCUCAGAGCUCUGGGCAGUCAGAGCCGGUGGUGUAGUACUGUUAUGUGUGUUUGGAUAUUUGAGAGAAGCAGAGACAGAGAUAAGUAAACCAUGCAUUCAGACUUCUGCUGUACUCAGUGAUUUUAAAUGUACGGUAGUUAAUUACAAUUACAUGACUAGAAUUAUACCUAGUACAACUACAUGUUUAUCUACUCAAGACAGAACAAUUACCUAAAACAUCUAUUCAAUUGCAGUAAUGUGAGGAUUUUAAACUACUGGUAGAUAUCAUGAUUUUGUUGAUGCUUUGGUCGGAGAGUGACUUUGACCAGCAGAGGGCAGAAUAUUAGCACUUUAAAAGGGAAGCGUUUGAUAAAUUUUGAUGAAGACGUUUAAAGUAAAAACUGCACUGCCUUCACGCAACAAAAGAUGCAAGAAAAAUACCUUGUGCCAUGUGCUCCUUAAAGUUUAUUAUUAAAAAGAUUUGAGAUAAAAAAAAAACAAAAAAACAUUGUCCUUGUUACUUGUGCAUGCCUUAUUCAAUCCUGGCUUAGUCCUGCUUUAGACCUGACUUAAUCCUGGUUUAGUCAUAGUUGAGAUCUGGGGCUGUCUCACAUUUUAUUGCAAUUUUGGCUUGUAAGGCUGUAGUAAUGUGUCUCUAUGUAUCUGCACUCACAAGACUACACCUACACAAGAGUCCAUGAAAGAAAAACUAUGUAAAACAGAUUAAAUUUGUGAAUUGUGCGUUUAAUCUGCCUUUUUACAUGCAAGUACCCCAAAAUGCCAAAUCUUCAGCUAUCUCACUCCUCCUUUCUGCUGUUGUCCUAUAUAAAUCCUUAUAUUCUAAAUAAAACAAUUAUUAAACUAACACAAGAGCUACAGCCCUCUGGGCUAGGAAUGGGACUUUUGACUCCUUUAUGGAGUCCAAAUCUUUUGGAUCCAUUCAUUUAAGAGACCCUUUCGAAAGACUGUCUCUUUUUAUAUUUAAUUAGGUCUAAAUAACAGAAGCCAAUAAUUUUAUUUAGGCUAUUCACACAGGGAAAUGACCAAGACUAAGAUUUUUUACUUUUAAUACAAGAUCUGCUGAUUGUCUACUUCUAAAACUGGCUGCACUAGAACAGAAAUGGGGAAAAAAGGCUUUUGGUUGUUUCACUUGCCAAAAAUUGACUACAUUUCAAGUAAAACUGGAUACACUGGUGCCACUAAUGCACUUUAAUAAUCUGGUGAUAAACAUUUAUACUCACACCUGCUCCUGUUUUUAAUGUUUUAAAUGGCUCUGUGUAGUUAUGUGUCUUGUUUUUUUUAUUGCUAGAGCGCUCAUGGAAAAGAGUCUGGUGGUAUCAUUGGGCUCUCUCUGUAUAAAUAAAUAUAAAUUAAAUAAUAAUAAUGGUUCAAACAAAGUGGGAGUGAGUUUACCCUUUGAAAGUAUACAUAUUCUAAAUAAAAAUGGAGGCUCGUAGAUAUUUGGCAUUUUGGUUGGAUUAUGUCACAGUCUAUCUGUGACUGUGACUAAUGUCAAAGUCACAGAUAAUGAUCACUUUAACAAUCGUCUAGUCACGAUUAUCCCGACUAUUAAUUUCAGCCCUAAUCUGGAAGCAAAAGACAAAAUAAAACAUGCAGUUUUUGUUUUAUACACAUUUAAUCUUGGUUCAAGGUCUUGUCCUGAUUACCCUAUUUUGAAUUUGGUGGGAUUUACUUCAAAUUACAAAAAAUAUAUUAUUAAAAAUUUGAUAAUUUUCUUAUCAGUAGCAAAUAUUGCAGUGUAUAGAAACUCUUGCCACAUUAUGGUAAAUAUUUAUAAACUUUUGUGUCUAUAAAAUUUUCCUGUUGGUGGAUUCUGUUGUUUUGCUGGAGGCCAAAAGUCACAGGUCAAGAUCCAUAUCUGUAUCCAUCUGUAUCCAUAUCCAUAUCUAUAACUGCUCUCUAUUGGAUUAGGAUUGAGUUAACAGUGCAUAUGUUAACACAUCCUGUAAUUCCAGUACUAGUAACAUCUGAGGCUGAAAUAUGAAUUGAUAAAUGAAAAAAUACCAAAAAAAACCAUGACUUUUAGAAGAUGUUUGUAGAGGUCUAAGACUGCACCAUGUUGGAAUAAAAGUAAUUGCUUUUAUUUCUGUGAAGAAUUACAAUUAGAUUUGGGAUGUUUAAAAUGGAGAAUUCUGUUAAGUGUGCAGUGUAAACAAUUCCGGCAGCAUUACCAUUUGAGAGAAGACUGAAAUAUGAUCUGAUAAACUAAAACAAGAAUUCCAGACAUUUCAGAACAGAUGUAGUCUAAACUACAGGUACAACAAGAUUUUUCUGUAAAAAGAGGAUAUAUUGUUCUUUACAGAGGACAUUUCAUUGUCUAAAUAAUUGCAUCCUUAGCUAUUUGAUAACUGCACCAACUCAAAUUGCAAAUUUGAUUUCAUUGUAUGCAUCGUUCUGUUCAUUAUAUUUAUGGAUAGAAUUUCUAGGCGCAGCCAGGGGCCGGAGGGGGUCUAGUUUGGGGACCACAGAAUCUCAUCUCUGCUGUUUGCAGAUGAUGUUGUCCUGAUGUCUUCAUUGAGCCAGGACCUGCAACAGGCACUGGGGCGGUUUGCAACCAAGUGUGAAGUGGCUGGGAUGAGAAUCAGCUCCUCCAAAUCCGAGGCCAUGGUUCUCGACCGGAAAAAGGUGGCUUGCCUGCUCCAGACGGGUGGAGAGUCCUUGUCUCAAGUGGAGGAGUUCAAGUAUCUCAGUGUCUUGUUCAAGAGUGAGGGGAGCAUGGAGCAUGAGACUGACAAGUGAUCUGUACACGGACUCGGACUUUUAUG